AUGCACGGUGGCGCCCUCGUCGUUCUCGCAUCUUUCCUCUCAACCGCAUCAAUUAUCUCAGCAACCAGUUUUCGCCUACCUGCAGGCUUGUCCAGGCCGGGUGGAAAAGCGCAGAGCAGCAGGCUAGCGAGGCGUGAAACCGUAGAUCUCGGUCCGAUGCGAGCCUGGUUCUGUUGGGGGAGAUUGGCGAUGGGAGCUCGGCGCCGUGGUAUGGCAUACCUUGCUCGCCGCAAUCUUCUAGGUCAGCAAACAGCAACACCUACGAGAAGUUUAUAUAGGCACGAGGAGGGAGUCGAGACGGCAAAGGAGAAGGUCACGGCCGCGGCGGCGGUGGCUGGUGCAUUUUUCAGUCAGGAGGAGGGGCUUGGCGGAUCUGCUAAUGGGGCGCCGGGACCCUGA